UCGAUAAUCAUGGCCGAGUUCUUUAUGAAGCACAAGAUUGUGCCCGAUGUGCUGCAAGUGGCACCGAUGCAGCUGCUCAAGGUGACCUAUGCGGGCGGCGUGGAGGCGAACAGUGGCAAUGAGCUGACACCCACUCAGGUGAAGGCCGCACCGCAGCUCGAGUGGCCAACUGAACCGGACGCCCUGUACACUGUGCUGCUAACUGAUCCGGAUGCGCCCAGCCGCAAGGAGCCCAAGUUCCGCGAAUGGCAUCACUGGCUAGUGGUCAAUGUGCCCGGCAAUCAGAUCGACAAGGGCGAGGUGCUCAGCGCCUACGUGGGCUCGGGACCGCCGCAGGGCACGGGACUGCAUCGCUACGUGUUCCUGGUGUUCAAGCAGCCGAAGAAGCUGUCCUGCAAUGAGCCGCGCAUUCCAAAGACUAGCGGCGAUAAGCGUGGCAAAUUCAAUACGGCCAAGUUUGCGUCCAAAUAUCAGCUGGGCAAUCCCAUUGCCGGCAACUUCUACCAGGCACAGUGGGACGAUUAUGUGCCCAAGUUGUACAAACAGCUGUCGGGCAAGUGAUAAGAGUUAUUAUUAUUAUUAUAAAUAAAUUCUGUAUGGUUUU